AUUUAUAAAGUACGAUUGAUUUGGACAAUAUGGAUAUAAAGAAUAUUAUAACUCUUAGGAAGGCAAAUAACGAUACUGAAAACCGUAAUGAUACCAUUAUGAACGUUACACGAAAUCAUAUUAUGCAAAAUUCAAUUACCCUGAUGCAAAAAAAUAUAGAAAUGAAAUAUUUUCCUACAACGGUUGAAGUGGUACCAAUCAGUUAUUAUGAUGACGUUCAUAUUAGCCCGAAUUAUAUCGAAUUUAAAGAUGCUAGCGAAGGCCUUACCUGUAGUCAAAAAAUUGUCAUAAAAAAUGUUGGUACUAAACCAGCAUUUAUAAGGAUACGGAAACCAUCUUCUUUGGCCUUUCAAGUGAAGACUUCUCAAACAGGAGUGAUGUUAAGUCCUGGAUUAAGUAUAUCAAGUUCUGUGAUAUACUCUUUUAAAAGACCUGCAUUACUGCAUGCAAUAAUUCCAAUUGAAAUCAACGACAAGAUCCUUGAUUACUGUGUAAUUUGUACUCUCAUAACGGAACGCAUUGGCAUUAAACCAACAUCGAUUGAUUUUGGAACUAUUGAUGUGGGCUACACUUCUGAACCUAAAGAAAUAACUAUCUUUAACGAAGGUGGAAAAACUACUAGAUUUUCCGUAGAUGUAGGUCAAAAUGGUCUUAAUAUAAAUGUGAAACCAUUGCGAGGUAUAGUUCGACCAAAUAAAACGGUAACUCUGAAAGUUGAAAUAACAGGUCUAAAGGAGGGUGUAUUCUUUAACGAAUUUUGGAUCAAAUCAACUCCGAAUAUUCGAGUCCCAUUGAAAGCGAAUGUUAUCACUCAUCGUUUAAUCAUUUAUCAUCCAAAUACAGCAGGAGAUUUCACUCUUAUAGAUUUUCCACCGACUGUAAAAAACACACGCAAAUAUAGUACGUUUGUUCUACGGAAUAUCUCAUCUCGAGCCUGCAAUUACAUCGUGCUGGGCGAAGUUAAUAAUGAAUUGAAGCCAAUUCGGGUAAUUGGAGAAUAAUAUUCGGACUAUUAAUAGCAAGGAGUUUCCAGUUUAUGGUGCUUUCGAAAUUAAUCCAAUCGAGGGACGUAUCGAUCCUUUCGAAGGCAUAAUUUUUGAAAUUGGUUUUUGUCCAACAAUGCGAUCAUUAGAAUCUCGAAAAAU